CUCUUCUCUAUUUCCUCACUAUCAAUUUGAAAUAAUCAACAUGGCUCAUCUAAAAUCUAUUUCACUACUCAUUGCCCUACUUAUUACAACUUCUGCUGUGUUUACUGAGAGUAGGGUUGCAAGGAAAGACUUGGGUUUGGACCUUGGUGGUGUAGGGGUCGGUCUAGGAGUGGGUCUAGGCUUGGGCCUUGGUGGAGGAGGCUCAGGCUCUGGAGCUGGUGCCGGUUCCGGGUCCGGUGGGUCGAGUUCAAGCUCAAGCUCCUCUUCAUCUAGCUCAAGCUCAGGUGGUGGCGGUGGCAACGCCGGCUCGGAAGCAGGUUCCUAUGCCGGGUCAAGUGCCGGGUCCGGGUCAAGAUCACGAGGUGGCGGUCGUGGUGGUGGAGGCGGUGGUGGUGGCGGUGGUGGAGGUGGUGGUGGCGGUGGUUCGGGCGAAGGAGGUGGGUAUGGACACGGUUACGGAGGUGGACACGGUGGAGGUUACGGAGGUGGUGGGGACUAAGACUUGACGUAUGCUAUGCAUGUGCAAGUUCAUGUGUUAGUGUUACGUACCCUCAAUAUGAUAAACCUUAUAUUUGAAGAUCAGAUAAGCUUUUAAAAGAGCUUGUUUAUUGUUUAAUGAUCACCAUAUAUAUAUGUAUGGCAAGCAUCUAUGUACUGUACAAACAGAAUAAGCUAAGUGUGAGGGUGUCCCAUAGUAGAUUGUCAUUCUAAUUUGCUUUGCAUGUUCGUCGUGUUUUUAAUGUUUUUCUAGUUUCCUGUGAUUUGUGUUUUCAUUGUAAUGGCAAAAUUUUUAUAGUGAAUAUCAAAUUUGCACCUUAUUUAAA